AAAAUGAAAGUGAAAGUGAGGGUGAAACAAAAUGGAGGUCUAAAAAGAUUCUCCGGUAAAAGUUUUCUUAUUUUCAGGCGUAGAGGUAAAUAGACGAUUACAAACGUGUUACUAUUUGCUAUUAUCUAAUGUUGGAUAUGUCCUGAACAGUCGUAGGAUAUAUGAAGGAUAGUAUACUAUCGUGGUGAGUGAAAAAAUUGAUUUAUACGAAAUGCACGUACACCAGUCCUUUGUGUAAGAGAUCUGCCCAUAAUAAAUCAGUCAUGCCGGGUAAAGCCAAAAAGGCUCGUGCACGUAAUACCACUAGGCACACUAGAUCAAGUUCAGAAAUGUCAAAUGAUGAGGGAAAGGUUUGUGAUACUGAAGAGACUGAUAGUGAGGAGGCAGCAUGUACCACGCCCAAAGGAAAUCCUGUAGUAACAGAUAAUGUCAAUAUUAGUGAAGAAGGACGGAUCCUUAUUGAUCGUAUGGAAUGCUUGAGUAGAGAAAUCACGAAACAAAACUCGGAAUUUCAUGAUGAAAUGAAUGUAUUGAGAGAUGAUAUUCGAAAAAACACAAAUGACAUGAAAAAUGCAUUUAAGGAGGAAAUAAGUGAACUGAAGAGUGGUAUCACCUAUGCCCAGGAAGUCAGUGAAGAGAAUAAGAUCAAAGUAGAGGAACACGAAGAAUGUCUUAAGGAUAUUCAAAUUCAAUCAUCUUCCAUGUCUACUGCUAUAAAGAAUAUGUCAUAUCAAUAUAACAAAAUGUAUGAUGAACUGAACACUAAACUUCUGGAUAUGAAUGUGUACUCUCGUAGAAGUGCACUCCACUUUCAGAACAUUCCUGAGGAGGAUGGCGAGAAUCCAGGAGACGUAAUGAAGCACUUCUUUGUCAAUAGACUUAAGAUGUCGAAGGAUGAGGUGCAAAAUAUUCGCUUCGAGCGUGUACAUCGAAUCCCACUUGGUCCUAAAGAAAAGUACAGAUUCACUAGAACAAUGACCGUGAAAUUCAACUGGUACCAGGAUAGAGAGACAGUGUGGGGAAAACGUUUUAGUCUUAAAGGAUCAAAUAUAUACGUUACUGAGAGCUUUCCAAAGGAAGUUGAGGAUAACAGACGCCUGUUGAUGCCAUAUUUCAAAAAGGCCAAGGAACUAAAAUGGAAAUGUGCCAUGAUCGCAGACACCCUUAUAGUGAAAGAUGAGCGAUAUAAGAUUGGAGACAUACAAAAAUUACCAAUGGAACUUUUGAAUGACAACUCAUCAAUGCGAGAUUUGGACACGGUAUUUUUGUACAAUUCGUCCACAUCCCCCCUUGGCCCAGAUAGCUGCACACCCUUUGAAUGCGAAGGCACGAUGUUCCGUAGUGUGACGCAAUACCUAGCCUAUAAUAGAGCUAUCGUAAUGAAGGAUCAGCGUACUGCAGACAAGGUGCUACAAACAUCUGACCCCAGACAAAUAAGAAGGCUUAUAUCUGAAAUCAGAGGAAGUGAUGGCCAAUCAUGGAGAAAAGUAAGUGACAGCCAUGUGAUAAAAGCUACGGCUAUUAAAUUCAGUGUGCACAAGCAAAUCAGAGCUCUUUUGAUGAGAACUGGGUCCAAAACCAUAGGAGAGUGUAACCCACAUGAUAUGAUUAUGGGCACAGGAUGUAGUUUAAAUGAUAAAACUGCUAGUGACACAAGUGCCUGGAGAGGUCAAAAUCUUGGUGGCAACGCUCUCAUGGAAACGAGAAACCAUAUCAGGAAGAUUGACAAGGCAUAA